CAUGGCAGCGGCUACCAGCGUUGUCGUGCUCGACAGGGGCAACAACACCACCUGCACCAUCAAUUUACACGGAGCCACCGUAGUGUCCUGGCGGGUGAAUAACCAGGAACAGCUGUUCGUUAGUAAGCAAGCUGUGUUCGACGGAAAGAAAGCGAUUAGGGGCGGCAUACCGUUCGUCUUUCCGACUUCAGAAACCAUAGGAAAUCAAGAUUCAGACAAAUCGCAAGAGGCACAAUUUGGAACAUGGACGUACGGACCACCCCACGGCUUCGCCAGGAUCAUUCGUUGGAACGUGGAAAAGACACCAGAACGAUUGCCCAGCGGGGACAUCGAGGCGAUAUUCUCGAUAAUGGACAAUGAAUUCACGCGAUCGCUGUGGAAUUCACAAUUCAGGCUAACAUACAGGCUAAUAUUGCGCGAGAAGGAGCUGCAUUUUAAUAUUGGCGUAUAUAAUCCGAGCAGAGAAGAUCCUUUCUCCUUUAAUCUGCUCCUACAUACUUAUUUCAAGGUACCCGAUGUCAGGAGAUGCCAAAUUACGGGACUGCACGGAUGCACGUUCCUCGACAAGACUAGGGACAACCAAAUUUACCAAGAAGGCCGCGACGUCGUCACGGUGUGCGAAUGGACCGACCGAAUCUAUCAGAAUACGCAGCCGGAGCAUAUCAUCACGAAUGUCGUUUCCGGUAGGAAAAUGCGCGUGCAAAAGUACAACUUUCCCGACACGGUCGUUUGGAAUCCUUGGCAAGAAAAGGCGCGUGAUAUCCCGGACUUCGGCGACGAUGAAUUUCCUAACAUGAUAUGCGUCGAGAGCGGACAUGUCAGUAGUCCGGUUGUACUAUUGCCAGGAACGGCCUUUGAGGCAAGCCAGAUAUUACAGGUGAUGUGAGUAGAGAGUGGACCGACGUCACACGUCAAUGCUGGAGGCGGUACCAAUUCACUGCUUCCGACGUCCUCAGCAUCGUCCGCGGUUUGGCCAACGAGCACGGGGUGGCUUUACAUGCCACCACCUCCGCCACCCCCGCCACCUCCGCCGCCACCUCCGCCGCCCCCGCCAUUGCAUCCAUCGCAAUCGUCACAUCUGCACUCGCAUUGCGUUGCCCAGACUUGCACGAUAUGUUCUCUGAAUCUUUAGGAAUCUUUAGAUAUGAGAUGAAGUCUGCAAACUCUAUGCGAGCUCCCGAAAUCUCUUCGUUUUCCAGUCCCCUCGGACCAAUCAUUUCCUC